AUGGAUAGUAAUCAAAGUGUGUGUUGGCAGGGACUGAUGAAACAUAAUCUAGCACGGCCAAGAGCAAGAAUUACCUUAUGGCUGCUUUGCCAUGGUCAUUUAGCUACAAAGGAGAGGCUUUGUAGAUUUGGUAUUAUUGGAGAUUCGAUGUGCAGUAUGUGUGGUCAAGAGGAAGAAAAUGCAGAUCAUGUGUUCUUCUCUUGUGUUAAAACUGCUGGCAUUUGGGCUGGAGUUAUGCAUUGGCUUGGUACUUGUCAUCAGGUUCAUGUUUGGAGUAAAGAUAUACAAUGGAUCCUUGCUCAUACUAAGGGUAAAGGAUGGAGGGCUUGGUUAUUCCAAUUGGUGGUGACUGAGACUGUACAUGAAGUAUGGUUGUAUAGGAAUGCAACUGUUUUUAGUAAAGAAAAUUAUAGUAAGAAUAUCUUAGAAAAAAUUAUUGAUAAUAUUGUGUAUAGAGGGUGGAAAAAUAGGAAAAUUGGUAUGCAUAUAGCCAAUUUAAUGCUAUAG